GCGCGGGGAGGCAGAUGGCGGAGUCCGGGCCGCAGCCCCUGGGGGCCCCGAGCCGGCACGAGAAGAGCCUGGGGCUGCUCACCACCAAGUUCGUGUCGCUGCUGCAGGAGGCCAAGGACGGCGUGUUGGACCUCAAGCUGGCAGCGGAUACCUUGGCGGUGCGGCAGAAACGGCGAAUCUACGACAUCACAAAUGUUCUGGAGGGCAUUGGGCUGAUCGAGAAGAAAUCCAAGAACAGUAUCCAGUGGAAAGGUGUGGGCCCGGGCUGCAACACCCGCGAGAUAGCCCACAAACUCAUUGAGCUGAAGGCGGAGAUAGAGGACCUGGAGCAGCGCGAACAGGAGCUGGAGCAGCAGAAGAUGUGGGUCCAGCAGAGCAUUAAAAACGUCACCGAAGACGUACAGAACAGCAGGUUAGCCUAUGUGACGCACGAAGAUAUCUGCAAGUGCUUCACAGGAGACACCCUCCUAGCAAUUCGAGCCCCGUCGGGCACUCGGUUGGAGGUUCCCAUUCCGGAGGGCCUGAAUGGACAGAAGAAAUAUCAGAUCCAUCUGAAAAGCACUAGUGGUCCAAUUGAUGUCCUCCUCGUAAACAAAGAUGCUUUGAGCUCCCCCCCUGUGGUGCUCCCUGUCCCUCCCCCUGAAGACCUCAUUCAGUGCCAGCCAGUCGUGCCCGCUAAACCACAGAGAUCGCCUGUUGCCCACUUCCAGGAGGCAUCUGUCCCCAGCAGUACGCACCCGUCCACGCCCACACCGACCAGCACUCAGGACCACAGCCCGGCUGCACAGAAAACAACGAGCCCAGAAUGCAGCGUUUCGGCAGCAGAGUCCAAGAGCAGCAGCGACUUCGACCCUCUCAGCUCGGUGGCCACGCCAGCCAGCCAGCCGCCGGUGUUAGAUACGCAGCCGCUCCAGUCAUCUGCCUCGCUAGACAGCAGCUCCGUCCUGCCCAAUCCCUCUACCUCCUUUGAGCCAAUCAAGCCAGAUCCCACAGAGAGUCGACGCUGCCUUUUUAGAGGCCUUUAAGAACUUACACAUUGGAAGCCCUGUGGGAGUAAACAUAUCGUGCGUCAGCUGCUUUUGCUCAUGUCUGAGAUACAGAUCUCAAGCCGAAAAGGACAAAAUGGAAGAAUGAACCAUCUGAGACUCCCUUAUGGUAGGAGUCAUGGCAUCCAUUUUAUAGGUGGCUGUAAAAGGUCGUGUUAAACCAGGCGAUUAAUAAAACUUAUUUAAAU